AUGGCUGCAGCAUUAAGAGCCAUGAUCACAGAACCCUGCCUAGCAAAUCGUGUUUUUUCAGUCCCACUUCCUGGUUUGAUGAGAAAGCAUUCUGUUCUUUCAUCUCAUUCCACCGUUCUACAGAAAUUUACACCUUGUGCAUCUGGUUUGAAUACUAUAAGGUGGGUCAAUUCUGGUUCUAAUGGUCCUCCUAAAGGAAUGUCACAAUACAUACCAGGUUGUGAUUUUCAACAUUGGCUAGUUUUUGUGAAAGAACCUGGUGGUCAUGGAGCUACCAAAGAACAGAUGAUUGAAUGUUAUGUUGAAACCCUAGAUGAGGUUCUUGACAGAUAA